CGGCGUGGCUGCGACCCGGCGCCUGCGGAGCCCGCGGGAGGAAGAGGAACCGGCCCGGCGCUCCGCCGUCCCUCCGCGGCGGCGGCGGUACCUGCUCCCCCGCCCUCCGCGCCGGCCCCGCGCGGGUCUCCGGGGGAGGACGGUGGUGACGGGCGCGCAGCCCGAGGCCGCCGGCAGGCCCGGGCUGGGCGGGAGAGGACCGUGCUCCGGGAGCGAGGCGCCCGGGAUUAACUUGUGGGUAAAGUUAUGGGAAGCGCGGCCAUGGACGCCAAGAAGAAGAAGGAUGUGCCCAGCCCGGGCGGCAGCGGCAGGAGGAACCCCGGCCCGAAGAGGCGCUCGCUGCGGGUGCUCAUCCCGGACCUGAGCUCGUUUGCCAUGCCAUUCCUGGACGGAGACCUGGAGAGUUCAGAGAAGCACUCUUCUCGAAAGGCGGACAGCCCCUUCGGGUCCGGCAGCCCCUCCAAAGGCUUCUUCUCCCGAGGGCCCCCGCGCCGGCCCUCCAGCCCCGUGUCCGCCCCCGCGAGGCCCCGGACCAGCCCCGGCUCUCCCAAGACCGUGUUCCCGUUCUCCGGCCAGGAGUCCCCACCGCGCUCCCCGCGCCGCAUGAGCUUCAGCGGCAUCUUCCGCUCCUCCUCCAAGGAGUCAUCCCCCACCUCCAGCUCCUCCACCUCGCCGGGCGGCAUCCGCUUCUUCUCCCGCUCCAGGAAAGCUUCCGGCCUCUCCUCCUCGCCAUCGCCAUCGACGCCCACCCAGGUGGCCAAGCAGCACUCCUUCCCCCUCGAGUCCUACAAGCAGGAGCCUGAGCGACUGGAGAACCGCAUCUAUGCCUCGUCCUCCCCCGCGGACACAGGCCAGCGCUUCUGCCUGGCCUCCCACAGCCCGGCCCGGCCCCCGGCGUCCCCCGCUCACUACGCUCCCUCCAGAACCGCGGCGCUGGCGGCCCCGGGACCCGCGGAAGCCGGCAUGCUGGAGAAAUUGGAGUUGGACGAAGACGCAGAAGACUCAGAAAGUGGCGUUUACAUGCGAUUCAUGAGGUCACACAAGUGUUACGACAUCGUCCCAACCAGUUCCAAGCUCGUGGUCUUCGAUACUACGUUACAGGUUAAAAAGGCCUUCUUUGCCUUAGUAGCCAAUGGUGUUCGAGCAGCGCCACUGUGGGAAAGUAAGAAACAGAGUUUUGUAGGAAUGCUAACAAUUACAGAUUUCAUAAAUAUACUACAUAGAUAUUAUAAAUCACCCAUGGUACAGAUUUAUGAAUUAGAGGAACAUAAGAUUGAAACAUGGAGGGAGCUUUAUUUACAAGAAACAUUUAAGCCUUUAGUGAAUAUAUCUCCAGAUGCAAGCCUCUUCGAUGCUGUAAACUCGUUGAUCAAAAAUAAAAUCCACAGAUUGCCAGUUAUUGACCCUAUCAGUGGGAAUGCACUUUAUAUACUUACCCACAAAAGAAUCCUCAAGUUCCUCCAGCUUUUUCUGUCCGAUAUGCCAAAGCCCGCCUUCAUGAAGCAGAACCUGGUCGCCCUGGGCAUCGGGACCUACCACAACAUCGCCUUCAUCCACCCCGACACGCCCAUCAUCAAAGCCCUCAGCGUCUUCGUGGAGCGGCGCGUGUCCGCCUUGCCCGUCGUGGACGAGUCAGGGAAAGUCGUAGAUAUUUAUUCCAAAUUUGAUGUAAUUAACCUUGCUGCUGAGAAAACAUACAAUAACCUAGAUAUCACCGUGACCCAGGCGCUUCAGCACCGCUCCCAGUAUUUCGAGGGCGUGGUCAAGUGCAGUAAGCUGGAAAUAUUGGAGACCAUUGUGGAUAGAAUAGUAAGAGCGGAGGUCCAUCGGCUGGUGGUAGUGAAUGAAGCAGAUAGCAUUGUGGGUAUUAUUUCCCUGUCAGAUAUUCUGCAAGCCCUCAUCCUCACCCCACCAGGUGUCAAACAAAAGGAGCCGAAAACUGAAUGACUUUUGUGAAUGGAGCCCUUGUAGGACUUGAACUGAGAUCCUGGGUCACGCUUUGCCUCAUGAACACUGACGCCAUGGGAGAGAGGAAGAUGGCCAAGAAUGUCUAUCAGGGUUUAGUGAUGGGUAUUUUUUCCAGUGAUGUUGAAACUAAGCAUAAAAGAAGAGGACUAUAUGGUUUUGAAGGGUCAGGCUUGCAUUAAAAGGCUAUUUUCAGACCUCUGUCUGAGAGAUUUCAAGUGCUGUAUGUCAUUAAAGUGCACUGUGUCC